AUCAGCACACCACCACACUGAGGGAGGCCAAGAACACGUCCACGCAUCCACCGCUCGCCAUGGCCGCCGCCGCUGCGACCGCUCUCCUCCUGCUACCAAUCCUGGCCGCCGCACCUUGGGCGGCAUCGGCGGCGAGCGGCGAGAAGAGCACGCACAUGAAGCUCUACUGGCACGACGUGGUGAGCGGGCCGAGCCCGACGGCGGUGCCGGUGGCGCGCGCGGCUGUGACCAACAACUCCAAGACGGCCUUCGGCGCCGUGGUGGUGAUCGACGACCCGCUCACCCAGGGCCCCGACCUCAAGAGCUCCAAGCCCCUCGGCCGCGCGCAGGGCACCUACAUCGCCGCCGGCAAGGACGAGCUGUCCCUCAUGAUGAACAUGAACUUCGUCUUCCAGGCCGGCAAAUACAACGGCAGCACCGUCGCCAUCAUGGGCAAGAACGCCGCGUUCGACGCCGUCAGGGAGAUGGCCAUCGUCGGCGGCACGGGAGUGUUCAGGAUGGCGCGAGGGUACGCGCAGGCCAGGACGCACACCCUCGACCUCAAGACCGGGGACGCCACCGUCGAGUACAACCUCUUCAUCAAGCACUAAUUAACCGAGUGAUGGAGCCUCCAAGUAACAUCGUCGGCUCUGGUUAUAGUGAUUUUAUAUAUGUUACCUCAAUUCAUGGAGAAGAAUAAAACUAGAAUUAGCUUGGGUUUCUUGCGUUUCUUUUGGUGAAAAAAUGGCGCGAGAGCUGAAAGCGCUGUUGUACCGUACUACUCGAGAAGAUUGAUCGAUGUGCACUCUCUUAGAUGCUAUUAAUGCGUAAGUGUGCAUCCUGACACACCAUCAGACAUUCA